UAUAUAUAUGGGCAAAACGAAACUACAUUGAGUAUCAAAUGCAAACCUAAAAAUAGUGAAAUAAAUCUACUUUCUGUUUUAGUUUAUCUGGUUUUUAUAUAUUUUCUCUGAAAAAUGUGAGAAACUGAGAAUUGUUGGCAGCCCUUACCAUAACGGAAAAAUGGCGGAGUCAGAGAAAAAUGUUAGUGAUAGUGUUGUAAAACCAGCAAAUCUGCAUCCUCCUAUUAUGAAAAUAGACGAGCCAAUAGAAGAUUCACAUAAAAAAGAGGUUGACGAUAAUGAAAAGAAUGCAUGUUCUCUAAAAAGCAAAGAGGAGUUUAAAAUCUGCAGUGCAUCAUUUCGAUCUUCCGUAGCUAGUAGUACAAACAAUCCUUUUGCCUCAUCUCAAAACAAAUUCACUCGAGGAAUUUUGAAACCUCCGCAAUUAAGCUUAAAUAAUAGUGUAACAACACCAAGUAAUAAAUCGUUUGUUUUAAAACCCAGUCAACUUAAUCCAUUUGUUGCGAAAUCUGACAGUAGUGACAAAUCUAAUAGUGAAAAAACAGACUGUGGUGAUAAAAAACUAAACCAAGUUAAUGGUGAAACACCAAAAUUUGUACCUUUAAUUGUGCCCGAAAAUAAGGCAAAGGUCACUACACAAGCAACCUCAAAUCAGCCUUCUAGUGCACCAAAAACUACCGUAUCUAGUAACUCUUUUAUAUUUGGACAGAAUAUAAAAGAGAGAGUAGUAAGUGCUGAAAAUAAAUUAGUGGAAGAAGUAAACGCUUCUACUAGUUUAAGUUCAAAUGGAACGUCGGACAUGCUAUUUAGUAGUGCAAUUAAAAAUGAAGUAAAAGGAGAUUGUAUUAUAAAAGAAAAAGAAAGUAAAUCCCUAAGCGAAUCGGCCAGAGAAUAUGAAGAAUCCAGGGCAAAUAAAAGGAAGUAUGAAGAAGUAGAAGUUAUCACGGGAGAAGAACAGGAAGUUAAUAUUUUAAAUAUUUCUUGCAAAUUAUUCGCUUUCGAUAAGGCUUCUGGAAAUUGGCAGGAACGUGGGAGGGGGACGCUUAGGUUAAAUGAUUUCGAAAUGAGUGAUAACCAUUUAGGUAGCCGAUUGGUUUUCAGGACGGCUGGAAGUUUGCGGGUUAUACUUAAUACCAAGAUUUGGGCAGAAAUGACGAUAGACAAAGCAAGUGAUAAAAGUAUUAGAUUAACAGCAUUAGAUGCAAAUGGAGAAAUUAAGGUGUUUCUAAUAAUGACCAAUAUCGAAGAUUCAAACAAAUUGUAUUUAUAUUUAAAAACUCGUUUAGAACGAGAAGUAUUUACACAAAAGCGAAAAAAGCUGGAAGUUGGAUCGGAACCAGUUUCGGAUGACAAUUGACCGUAGCAUUUUUAAGUACGUAACAAACUAAUUUAUGAAAAUUAUUUGCCUUUACAUUUCUACAAAAUUAUUUAUAACAAAAACUUUUUCUCGAAAUGGAAACUAAACAAUUAACUCUUUGCAAAGACUACAAAACCCCAAUUUUGUGAAAUUGUGAUCUAUACAUUAUGUUAUUUUUUAUAAAUUAAAAAUUAUGUACAUGUAACUGUUGAACUUUGGCUUUUUGUGCACUGUAUUUUGUAUACUUUUAAGGCAAUAAAUUUUGACGAGAAAUCAACUUUUCUUUAGAAUGAAGCGUGUUUUUUUUCUUUGUUAAAUCCGCGAUUAAAUUUUUUCUGAAUUUCAAAAUAGCGGCAGAAUUUGUUGGAGCGAUCCUACAAGUUUUUCCAGUGGUGCUUGUACAAAAAUUGCAGGAUUUCCACUUUCUAAAAUUGUAACUUGGUCAAUAACAAACUUAAAUUUUAUUAUUUUACUAUUAGAAUAAUAAAUCAUGUAGAAUAAAAUAGUCCCGAGGUAACAAUAAAUUUUGUAAAUAGAUUUUUUAUUUCCAAUUCAGCCAAGGAAGUAACUAUUUCUAUAAUGUUAGUAACGAUCUAUUUUAUUUUUAAAAAAUCGUUAAAUCUCAACAAUCUUCAGUCACUCACGGUGUUUAAAAAAGAACAUUGUCUCGUUUCGAUAAAUAUAAUGAAAAUGUUAAAAUUUCCACAAUUUUUAAAGCAAGAAAAAAACCAAAUAAAUUUAAUACUUUUUUUUCCUAAUACACUGUGGAAUAAUUUUUUCAAAAGCGAAUUUGAUAGUUACUCCUUGUUUCUGUAGCUCUAGCAUGUUAUUCCCUGCUGCUUCUCGAGCUGAAGAAUAAUAUUACACAUAUACAUAUUUAUAUUUUUCUUUUGUACAUAAGAAUUGUAACUGGAAAUGUUAAUUUAGCGUUUAGUAUAAAUGAUAUUUUUAAUGUUGUUUUGUACAUUUGUAGAUGAGAAAACAGAAUUGAUUUUAAAAAAUAAAUAAA